GAAGGAUGCACAACGGGGACACGGGUGACGUGGCGUGCGACCAGUACCACCGAUAUGAGGAGGACGUGGCGCUGAUGAGGCAUCUGCGCUUCUCAGCCUAUCGCUUCUCCAUCAGCUGGUCGCGCAUCCUCCCAUCGGGGCGGCAGCUAGUGAACCAGGAGGGAGUGGAGUACUACAACCGCCUCAUUGACUGCUUGCUCCGUAAUG